AUUCAGACCAGCUUGUUGGCGGGAUUUUGACGUCCGGAAGUGAGAGACCGCAUCGGUUUUGGGCAGAAAAUCAUCAUGCAGUUCCCAGGCAGAAGAAAGAAGGUGACACUCAGUCAGCAGAAUGAGCUCUAUGGCCACUGUCUUCAGUUCUACUGUCAGCCUCCACUGGAGAACAUCUCUCUGAGCGAGUUUGAAGGCUUUGCUGUGGACAGGCUGAAACUGCUGAAGACGGUGGAGAACCUCGGUGUGAGCUAUGUGAAAGUCACGGAUCAGUAUAAGAACAAGCUCCGCACAGAGUUCUCCAAUCUCGGUUUCCCACACAAAGAGGAAGUGGAUGAGCUGAGCAUGAACAAAAACCAACCCGGGCAUACGGAACAUGAGAAACGAAGGAAAGAUCACAUCUCUCAUUUUAUUCUCCGGCUGGCAUACUGCCAAACGGAGGAUCUCCGGCGGUGGUUUAUCCAGCAGGAAAUGGACCUUUUCCGCUACCGGUUUAAUGAGCUUCAAUCAAAGCACAAGACUGAGUUUCUACACAAAAAUAAUCUAAAAUAUGACACAAUAAGUGCCGAUGAAAAGAAUAAUCUGAAAGAACAGCUCAUAAACUCCAGUUACGCCGUCAGUGGAACCACUGUCGCCGAGCAAGACUUUUACAAAGUCCCAUUCCAGGACGCUCUGGAUUUAGUGCGGACGAGAAAAGUGUUCUUGAAGGGUGGCUAUGCCUACAUUCCUCACCAGGAAAUCGUCACUAUCGUUCUGAAUGAUUUCCGUACCAGGCUUUCCAAGGCACUUGCACUGACAGCACGCUCUUUACCAGCCGUGCAAUCUGACGAGCGACUCCAGCCUCUGCUCAACCACCUCAGCCAUGCCUACGUGGGCCAGGAUUACAGCAUCCAGAAGAACAUUGGGAAAGUCUCCUUGGAACAGAUUGAUCCACUCUCCACCAAGUCCUUCCCUCCUUGCAUGAGGCAGCUGCACAAAGCCCUGAGAGAAAACCACCAUCUGCGCCACGGUGGCCGCAUGCAGUACGGCCUUUUCCUCAAGGGCAUUGGGCUCACUCUGGACCAGGCACUGCAGUUCUGGAGGUCUGAGUUUAUCAAGGGCAAAGUGGACGUGGAUAAGUUUGACAAAGCAUAUGCCUACAGCAUUCGGCACAUGUUUGGGAAGGAAGGCAAGCGAACAGACUACACACCCUACAGCUGCAUGAAGGUGAUUUUAUCCAAUCCGCCCAGCCAAGGAGACUACCAUGGAUGUCCAUUCCGCCACAGUGACCCAGAGCUGCUGAAGCAGAAGCUGCAGUCAUAUAAACUCUCUCCCGGUGGGAUCGUCCAGAUUUUGGACCUUGUCAAGGGAAUGCAUUAUCAGCUGGCCUGCCAGAAGUACUUUGAACUGACACACAGCAUUGACGAUGCUGGGUUUUCUCUGAAUCACCCAAACCAGUACUUUAUGGAGAGUCAGAAGCUGCUCGGUGGCGGAAAAGAGAUCAAGAAAGAAGUGGAGAUAGCUCAGAAGGGACAAGAAAAUACAGCCAGUAACGGCCCCAGUGUCCCUCCAUCAGCUCAGGGCACCACCACCCAGGCUGUGGAUGAUAUGGGGGAUUUGGACUCGUACUUCCUUGAUGAGUAAAUUCUGUAGUCUAACAAACUCCUUAUUCUUUAUUCUACAUAGUUUUGCCUACUAAAAAAUUUUCAUGUUUUUUCAGUUGUCAGUGUAUUUUUUUUAUGUUAAUUACUAGUGGUAACAAUAUUAUGUCUGUUCUGCUCAGUUAACUAAAGAUAAAUAAAAUUUCAACAAUAAA